AUGGCGAUACUCUCGUGGACGACACGGCGCCGCACGUCGCUCGAUCGUCGAGACCAAGACGCGCUCGUCGGCUUCUCGAGCGGCGCCUCGACCGACGACGACGGCCUCCCACACACGCCGCCCGACUUGCCCUUCAUCGCCCCGGCCCUAAAGGCCUCGCUCUCGUCCCCGUCGUCGUCGCACCCUCCCUCGACGGUCCUCGAGAUCGCCCUCGCCGAGUCGUCCCUCUCGCCCUUCUCGCACCGCAACCUGUCCCGAUCGCCCUCGCCGCCACCUUCGCCUCAACUCGCGUCGGCGUCGACGUCGAGGCAGGACCGCCACCGCUCCCUCCCCGCCGGGUUCGAGCACAUCCCGUGGAUCUCGGACGACGACGACAGCGACGUCGAGGGCCGCCUCAGCCGCAGCCUGAGCCCGCCCCUGCACGACCUCCUGUCGCUCCCACCGCUCUCGCCCGACGUCGACCACCGCGGCGACGACGACGGCGAGGCCAAGCUCGACGGCGAGGCGGCGGCGGCGCUCUCGCCCGCGAGCACAUCGAGCGACCUCCCGCCGAGCCCGCCGCGCACGCCGUCGCCCCGCCGGCGCUUUGCGAGCCUGUCGAACGCCUCGACAGCAGAGCACGACCUGCCCUGGGCGACGUCGUCCGAGCGCGCGCCGCCGUCGCCCGACCGCAGCAGCGGCAGGUCGUCGCCCUCGCCGCGCCGUCGCUCGUCGACGCGCUCGGGCCUCCCGACCCUGCGCGCCCAGCUCUCGCCCCCUCACCCGUCCCCGACCUCGACCACGUCCCCCGCGUCGCGCUCGAGCCCCUCGACCUCGCCCGACAAGCCCGUCCGCCCGACCCUCCUCCGCGAGUCGUCCACGACCACGACCUCGACCACGAGCUCGCGCCGGCCGGCCCUCCCCGUCUCUCAGGCGCCCUCUCCGCCGCCCUCGCCGCGUUCUCGCGCCGCGCUCCAGCUCCCGACGCCGGACGACGUGCGCGCGCGGCAUGCGGCGACGAGGUCGGGCGAGCGGGGGCGACCGCGCGACGUCGAGCGCGAGGGUGGGGCGGCGGCGGGCACGACGGCGGGCGACGGGCUGCAGCUGUCGUUCUCGACCGCGCCCUUCGAGCGCGAGGACGAGCGCGAGAUCGAGUCGAAGCGGCGGGACGACGUCGCUGCGGCGCACGGACCCGUCGCCGCCGAGGGCGACGGCCCGCUCGUCGACGAGGCGGACCCGCACUCGCUCGACUACUUUGAACGUCACUGCCACUCGCUGUCGCUCCUCCGCCUGCGCCACGCCCUCUCGGUCGCGACCGUGCUCGCGUCCCUCCCUCCCUCAGCGCCUCCCUCCCCGCCCUCCUCGUCCUCCGAGUCCGACCCGUCCCCCUCGCGCGCCGGCUCGACCCCUCGUCGCGAGCCGCUCGUCGCGCACGUCCCGGGCCUCUCAUCGACGCCGUCGGCCGCAGCGGCGGUCGGCCCACGCCCGCCGAGCUCGCGCCCCUCGUCGUCGUCGACGCCGCUCGGCGCGGGCAACGGCGCCGGGAGCAUGGUGUCGCAGCAGUACCGGCUGUACGCGAUGGGGCGCGCAAAGGCGCAGCGCACGGGUGGCGUCGGCUACUGGGAGGGCGGGCUCGCUGCGUGGGAGCUGCUCCUCAUGGACUGAGCGGCGACGGGCAGGACCCACCGCGAGGGGACGUGCAUCUCUCUCUCUCUCUCUCUCUCUGUUUGUUAGUAGACGCUCUUUGUUGUUCGCCGUGCCAUUUCUGUCGUACUCGA